ACCUUCGCCCCUGACAGUCACCUUUCACACCCUAACCUCAUUCUUCUCUAUUUAAACGAAGUAUACAACAUAUAUAGUAAUGUAACUAUAGUUUCCUACAAAUUAAAUCUCCUUUUUCUUGUUUGAGGAAUUGUUGAUUGGAAAAAAUGGGGAAAGAUUCAUUGCCAUUCUUUCUGAUGGUGAUGGUGCAAUUAGGUGGUGCUGGCACGGCUAUCAUAUCAAAGCUUGUUAUGGAUGAAGGAAUGGACCCUUUUGUUCACUUGUCUUAUCGCCAGAUUUUUGCCACCAUUUCUAUUGCACCCUUUGCUUACUUCUUCGAGAGGAAAACAAGACCUAAAUUGACACCCUCUGCACUUUUCCUAAUCUUUUUGUGUUCUAUUUUCGGGGUAACUGCAAUGCAAAUGACAUAUCUUAUCGGAUUAAAGAAUUCCACAGCAACUAUUACAACGGCACUUGCUAACUUAGUCCCAGCAAUUACAUUCCUUCUUGCCGUCCUUUCCGGGCUUGAAAAAGUAGGGCUGAGAACUAAAGCAGGACAAGCCAAAGUGUUGGGAACAAUACUAUGCAUUUGUGGAGCUAUGUUGCUAUCAUUAUAUCAUGGGAAAGUGGUGAUUGGCCAAUUAAGAAUUCACUGGAAAUAUUCAGAACAAACAAGCAAAAAUAUUGAAGCUAAUACCCAUGGCAACUUCUUCCUGGGACCUUUUCUAGUCAUAAUCAGCACUAUCGUUUACUCUUUAUGGUUAAUCAUACAACCGAGAGUGAAUGAGAGGUAUGCAGCUCCAUACUCAAGCACAACUUUGAUGUGUUUCAUGGCUAGCUUGGAGUGUGUAAUUGUUGCAGUUUGUGUUAAUCGUGACAAAACUGCUUGGUCCUUGAACCCCAUUAGAGCUAUUUCAGUUCUAUAUAACGGAAUUAUAAGCUCGGCACUAGCAUUCUAUUUGAUGACAUGGUGCAUAAAAAGAAAAGGACCUCUAUAUGUCUCUGUAUUCCUCCCUUUGCUAUUAGUCAUUUCUGCCUUUCUCAGUUGGACAUUGCUUGGUGAGAAGUUAUACUUUGGAACAAUUGUGGGGUCAAUCUUGGCUGUUAUCGGACUCUAUGGUUUUUUGUGGGGGAAGAAAAAAGAGAUUUGUCAUGUUAAGGAGGAGAAGGUAUUAAAAGAGAAGAACCAGUUGACCAAGAUUGGCUUGGAAUUGCAAUUCUCAGAAAAGACAAAUGUCAAUCCAAACCAGAGCUUCACAAAUGCCCAAAGCAAGAUAUGAUUUAGUGUUAAUGAUCAAAAUUCAUUAUUGUUUGCCAGUCGAUCAUACUCAAUGACCAUUACCUUGUCAUUUGAUGUAGCAGAGUGCAUUGCAGAGUAGAACAUUAAAGUCAAUGCAUGUAUGUGUUUACCAAUCCCUUCGAGAAUAGAACAUUAAAUCAAUGCAAUGUAUUUUUGCUGUUCCUUUCAGUGUUAAUACUUUGGGCCACGAUUUAUGUAUUGAUUUGUGGAUAAUUAAGGGGUAUUAUCACUUUUA